CUAUUUUAUUUAAUGAGGUUUAAUGAUUCAGCUAAAACCUUUUAUUUUGCUGCUUCAUAUAACUAUAUCGCAAUAUCGCAAGAAAUGAGUGUACGUGUAAUAAAUGAUGAAUUUCACUUCCAAUCUGAAUUGUCUGCCGCUGGAAUAAGAUUGGUGGUUGUGGAUUUUACAGCCUCCUGGUGUGGUCCUUGCCAAAGAAUUGCUCCACAUUUCGAAAUGCUACCAAAUAAAUAUCCCAAAGCAGUAUUCUUGAAAGUCGACGUUGAUAAGUGCCAAGAUACAGCUGCAAGUCAGGGCGUUAGUGCAAUGCCCACUUUCAUUUUCUACAGAAACCGGACACAAAUUGAUCGCGUGCAAGGAGCGGAUAUUAAUGCAUUGGAAGCCAAAAUACAAGAACACAUAGGAAGUGAUGGAGAAGAUGCAGGUGAGGACUAUGGACAAGGAUUGAUGGAAUUAAAUACCUUCAUCUCCAAACAAGAGUGUGAAUGCCUUAAUGAGGCCGAUGAUCACUGCCUAAGUCAUUGUUUGACUAGCAGUGGCGGAUAUUUGCAAUCGGACUGUGACGAACAGCUAAUUCUGUCCAUAACAUUCAAUCAAGUCGUUAAAAUACACUCCCUGAAAUUUAAAGCCCCACCUCAAUUGGGACCCAAAGAAAUAAAAAUUUUUAUUAACCAGCCACGCACUGUUGAUUUUGAUCAAGCCGAAUCUAUGACUAGUGUCCAAGAUUUGACCUUGGAUCCAAAGGAUUUGGAGGGCACACCUGUAAAUUUACGCUUCGUAAAAUUCCAAAACGUGCAGAAUAUACAAAUUUUUGUAAAAAAUAAUCAGUCAGGAGGAGAAGUUACGCAGCUGGAUUACUUGGGUUUUAUUGGAUCACCAAUCUUGACAACGAAGAUGAAUGAUUUCAAGCGGGUGGCCGGCAAAAAAGGAGAGAGUCAUUAGACCCAGUACAACUCUCUGAACAAAAAUUUUCUUAACAAAAAUAAAACUCUGAAUUGAUAUGCACGUUAA